ACUUUAUAGUUCUUAUUAUUAAUUCUCGGUGAGAUAUUCAUGUUCAGGAGGAGAGUUUUCACGGAAUGUUUCGCACUGUUUCUUUGGCUCUGAGAACUACCCGUAGAACAGUUCUAUCUUGUACUAUGGCCACGGAAGCUAGUGAAACGUCGCAGAAGUUUUCCGAGGUGUGCGAGGGAGAGGCGAAAAUUCUGUUUCCUGAUACUGGCGAUGUAUUCUAUAACCCUGUGCAAGAAUUCAAUCGCGAUAUCAGUAUAGCUGUGAUAAAGGCGUUCAGUGAAGUUUACGAGCCCUAUCAAUAUAUACAUGGCAGGUGGAAGAAGCCGUCAAAGCCCGCCUCUGAUGGAGCCAGCGAAGCUGCCGUAGAAGACAGGACACCAUCGUCCAACAUUCGAAUUUUGGAGGCUCUGUCAGCAACAGGACUUCGAUCCGUCAGAUAUGCCAAGGAAAUUCCCAAAGCCUCACAUAUCGUAGCCAAUGACUAUAGCGAGGCUGCAGUGAGCCUUAUCCAGCGCAACGUUGAUCACAAUGGCUGUGCGGACAAAGUGAAAGCCAACUGCGCAGACGCGUCUGUGCUCAUGCAGAAUAGCGCCAGCAAGGCGGGUGAUUUCUACGACGUGGUGGACUUGGAUCCGUACGGCGCGCCGUCGCAGUUCCUGGACGGCGCAGUGAAGUGCGUGGCGGAGGGGGGACUGCUGUGCGUGACCUGCACGGACCUUGCCGUGCUGUGCGGUAACCAUGGCGAAGCAUGCUAUUCUAAGUAUGGCAGCGUGGCUCUCCGCUCGCCGUACUGCCACGAGAUGGCGUUGAGAAUCCUGCUGGCAUCGGUGAGCACGCACGCAUGCCGCUAUCAGCGCUACAUCGAGCCAGUGGUGGCGCUGAGUGUGGACUUCUACAUCCGUGUGUUUGUGCGCGUCUACACUGGUCAGGGCAAGGCGAAUCAAACGGCGACAAAGCUUGCAUCAGUUCACAACUGUGUCGGCUGCAAUAGCUUUCACUUGCAGCCAAUUUCAAGAAAGGUGCAGACCAAGGGCGACAACUACAAGAUAGUUCCGGGCACGUCAGUGGGCAUACCGUCGGAAUGCACGGAGUGCGGCUCGCGAUUCAACAUCGGCGGUCCCAUAUGGACUGGACCCAUGCAUGACAAGGAGUUUGUGGACCGGGUCAUUGACAGCGUCGUAGCGUCGCGAGAAUCGUACGGCACCGCCGAUCGCAUAAUCGGCAUGCUAUCGAUCGUGUCCGAGGAUCUUCACGACGUGCCCCUGCACUAUUCAGUGACGGGCCUCUCGCGUAUCCUGCACGUCUCCACCCCAAAGGUGCUUGCGUUCAGGUCGGCACUGAUACGACUGGGCUACCGGGUCUCAUACGUCCACAGCUCCGAAUAUGGCUUAAGAACGGAUGCACCGACGAGCGUUGUGUUCGACAUUCUGCGAGCGUGGGUCAAGACGAAUCCGAUCAAGGAUCCUGCCCCCAACUCGCCGGCUGCGAAGAUCCUCUCGCGCGAGCCAGCAGUGGAUGUGUGCUUUGAUAUCCUACCCGAGGCCAAUCCUCCUUCUCGCCAGCACAACUUGCUCCGCUACCAGAUCAACCCCGAACCCAACUGGGGUCCGAAAUGCAAGGCAAAGAAGCGCAAGGCUGACGACAGUUCUGAAACGGAGCCCGAUAAGCGGAAACGCCUCCAGGACAAGCGGACCAAGAAGCCAAAGCCAAACCUAAAGAUGUACGCUUGCAAGAACUUCAAAGAGGGCACGUGUCCGUUCCCAGAGGAAGAGUGCCGCUAUCAUCACAAUCUGGAGCCUGCAGUAGAGAGCGCGCCAGAGUCAUAACAUAACAGGCUACUACUUCGAGAACUACUAGAAAUCUGCUACUACUGUUAGCAUGCAGUGUCUGGUUCUGCUGGCUACCUACAUUGCCAGCAUGCUGUGUCUAGGCUCAGUACACUACUAACAUGUUUCUGCUGGUUCAUGGCUCCGUACUCGCACAGGUAUCAAGGUGUAGUGUGCACCAGUGCUGCCAGUAUUCUACUGCCCGCGCACACGCGCGGUACUAGUACUCACCGAGUGCUGUUACUAUACACAGGACCACAGCACGGCAUGGCACGCCACACACGGUAGUGUCAUCUGGUCCUCUGCAGGCAGUGCUCCUGCCAAGUUACCAUGCCUACGUCCUAUGCUGGGCCAGUUUUCUUAUACCAGACCAGCGCCAGGUCGGGUGAUGUUCCGAGAAUUCACUCGUUGACCAGCUGGUCGGGCAACUGUGAAGCUGGUGCAGCGGCUGCUGCCUGCUUGCUAGACCAAGGUAGUGAGAUCAUGUGGAGCGGUGUGUACACUGAGCAAUCUUACCAGGCGUUUAGCCAGUGAACAUGGCUGUACGCUUACUGUACUGUUGAUGCAGAAGUUUGUACAUGUACUUUCACCAGCCCCGUCUUGGACAGACUCUCGGCAUUUGGCCCCUCUGGCAGGAGCUGCUCUGUACUGUGAGACUUUUUAAAGUACAAUUAUGUUUGUGCUAUUUUCCUGAUUCCUUUGGGUUCAUCAAAGUUCCGUAACCUAGCAGCUAUUCUGACUCUGUCAUGAAUACUUCGAAGUACUCGCAUCAACAUCAUGGCACAUCCUCUUGUACUUCAUGAUACCUGCUGCCUAUAAUUGCCCAGUGUGGGUACAUACAUGUAUGA